GAUUGGGGUGUAGCUAACAAACCUGCUGACACACCAUGCCCCGCCCAUAAUACACGGGCGCUCUCUGAUGACGUAGUAGCGCGGGGUUCAGGAAGUUUGUUUCCGGGAAAGUGGAACGUAGAGAUUCCUGAAGCCAUGCCUGAAUGGAAUUCUUACUAUCAUAAUGAGGAGGGUGAAGAGGACAAUGAACACGAAGAUGGAGAUGCAGAGCCUGGUGAGUUUCGCUUUGCUGGUAGAGACAGUAUAAUCUUCCUGGUUGAUGCCUCAAAGUCAAUGUUUGAUAGUCUGAGUGAUGAAGACCUUCCUCCUUUUGAAAUAGCACUACAGUGUAUUCGUAGUGUUUACACCAGCAAGAUCAUCAGCAGUGACCGUGAUCUUUUAUCUGUGGUGUUUUUUGGUACCAAGGAAAGCAAAAAUUCUGACCCUUUUAAGCAUAUACAUGUUCUACAUGAUCUGGAUACACCAGGAGCGAAGCGCGUUCUGGAUCUAGAUAAGUACAGAGAAGAAAAAGGAAGAUCUUUUUUCUCUGACACCAUAGGUCACUCAAUGGAUUAUUCCCUAGGAGAAGCUCUCUGGCAAUGCUCAAACCUCUUUAGCAAUGUUAAGUUGAAACUGAGUCACAAGCGCAUUAUGCUGUUCACCAAUGAAGACAAUCCACAUUCCACUGAUUCUGCCAAAACCACACAAGCAAGGGCCAAGGCAAGAGACCUACGUGACACCGGAAUCUUCUUGGAUCUAUUGCACCUUGAAAAGCUUGGUGGUUUUAACAUCUCUCUGUUCUACCGUGAUAUUGUAAACACUGAUGAGGAUGAGGACCUUGGUGUUCAGCAUACAGCUUCCAGGAAGUUGGAUGAUCUAAUGAGAAGAGUGCGGGCCAAGGAAAGCAAGAAGCGGGCUCUAUGCAGACUCUCAUUGAAGUUGGGUAAUGAUGUCAGUCUUACGGUUGGCGUUUAUAACCUGUUACAAAAAGCUAUGAAGCCACCUCCUGUCAAGCUUUACCGUGAAUCCAAUGAGCCUGUGAAAACCAAGACACGUUCUUUCAAUAGGGAGAAUGGAAGUUUGCUUCUUCCCAGCGAUACAAAGAAAUCACAGACUUAUGGCAACAGGCAGAUUGUUCUGGAAAAGGAGGAGACAGAACAGCUUAAGAGAUUUGAUGACCCCAGUUUGGUUUUGAUUGGAUUUAAGCCAAUUACUUUUCUGAAGAAGCAUCAUUUUAUCAGACCUGCACAAUUUGUAUAUCCAGAGGAAUCCCUUGUCAGUGGCAGCAGCACCUUAUUCCAUGCUCUACUUAAUAAAUGCCUAGAAAAACGAGUGAUGGCUAUCUGCAGAUACACUCCUCGGAGAAAUACACCCCCUCGGUUUGUUGCUUUGGUGCCACAAGGAGAAAAACUUGAUGAGGACAAUAUACAGAUUAAACCCCCAGGUUUCAACCUCAUUUUUAUUCCAUUUGCUGAUGACAUUCGUAAAAUUGGAGGUCCGGAAAAAGUUCCUGCCGGAGAUGAACAGGUGGAUAAAAUGAAAGAAAUUGUGCGCAAACUGAGAUUUCAAUACAGGAGUGAAGCAUUUGAGAAUCCUGUUCUACAGCAGCAUUUCAGGAACCUGGAAGCUCUUGCCCUUAAUUUAUUAGAGCCUGAACCCAUUGAAGAUCUGACAUUGCCAAGGACUGAAAUGAUGGAUAAUCGUUUGGGUAAUCUGGCGGAAGAGUUUAAGGAUAUGGUGUAUCCACCUGGUUAUAACCCUGAAGGCAAAUCUGUGAAAAGAAAACAAGGUGAAGGUGAUGGUCAGACUGGGAAGAAAGCUAAGGUUGAGAUUUCUAUGUCAGAAGAUGAUAUUAGGACCAGUGUGAAGAAUGGAACUCUAGGAAAAUUAACUGUGCCUGUGUUAAAGCAACUUUGCCAGGGCUAUGGUCUAAAGGGUGGGAAAAAGCAAGAAUUGGUGGAUGCUCUUGUGGGAUACUUUAAUAAAAGCUGAACAUAC